AUGCUCAGGGCCUUGCCAUCUUUGACGGAAAAUCCACUCGGGACAUGGCGCGCGCUGGCCGGCCUGCAACGGAAAAUCGGGCCAUCCCUGACGACUAUCAUGUCCUCCGGCCAGCCUGCCAACCACGGUAUCCAGAUUCCCGUGCACCGGUUAUUAUCGACUUUCUGCAAUGUGCAGCGCGUGCCGAAUCCGUUUUUGAAUCGACCAACGUCGCUCUGA